AUGGCCAAUACCCGGUCAGGAGGGGCGAACAAUGAGGGGGCAGGGGGCACCAGUGCAAGGAAAGGCAGCGCCGCCACCAGUGCAAAAGACCCCAAGUCUGCAACGACCUCCACCUCAUCCGCCAGUGGAAGGGAGUCUAGAAGCUUGUCCACACGUGAAACAAGCGAUGAGCAGAAGCCAAACCUCAGGAGGUCGAACCGAGAAACAAAAGGAAAGAAUCCCAUUUUGACCACCAGUUCUGCCUCUACACCGGUUCCGCAGAAAUCUAUUAGGGGCAGAAGCAACCCCAGCACACCUGGUACCCCUAAAUCGUCAGCAAGGAAGCUAAAAGGGUCGAUGAGGAAGGCUAGUACCCCAAGAACGUCCGACAGAGUAAAGAAAAGUACUGUUUCAGCUUCUACUGCUUCAAAUGAUGCAACUGGAGUUUCUAGUCCAGUGGCUACUCCCGACAAAGCCGUAAAAAGAGAAAUUGAUGAACAUGACUCAACAAAGAAUGAUGCUUCCGAGAGUGGUACUAUGCCAUUGAAGAAGCAGAAAAGGCUAACCGCACAGAGCUAUACAAAUAUCUUCAAGACAUCUUCUGAAGAAUAUGAAAAAUCUCCUGCCUAUGAGGGAAAUGCUUCCAAGGUACACACAGAAGACAAUGGCUCUGUUUUGAGGUAUGAAGAAAGUGGCGCACAUGAAGAAGAUAACCAGGCACAUUUAAGUCAAGUCGCCAAUAAUUUUUUGGAAGGCUAUACUUCUGGCCUGUGUGAAGUUCCCAAGGUGAUAUUGGAGACAGAUGGGUUGAAAACUGAUGUUGAAAAAUCUGAAGAAGAUAAACAGGCAUAUUCAAGUCAAGUCGUCAAUAAAUUUUGGGAAGGCUAUACUUCUGGCCAGUGUGAAGCUCCCAAGGUGAUAUUGGAGACAGAUGGGUUGAAAAAUGAUGUUGAAAAAUCUGCUCCCAUUUCAGAGGUUUGCUCAACCAUCUUCUAUUCUUUUGAGUUGUCGGUUUUCUUUAUUCUACUCUUUAUGAAAUCAAGGCCUUGCUCUUUUCUUUCUCUUAUCAUCCUACCAUCUGCAUGGAAGGACUUGGUUACAUUAUCAAGUCCUGUACAGGCACAUAUGACUGUUGAUCUGUGCUCAAGCAGUCCUGCAAUGGAUGCUACAGAGCCAACUGAUGACUGUUCAGAGUUCGCACUUCAUGUUGCAAUGGGCCAGAAAGCGGAUUCAUCAAAAUUUGUGGAGUAUUGGGUUCCUGCUCGCCUUUCACGAGUGCAACUAGAAAUGUACUGUUAUACCUUACUUUCAAACUCGCCUGCGCUUCGAUCACAUUCAAAAACUGACAGUGUUGGUGCUCUUCGCAACAUUCUUGUAUCCCUCCGGAAGUGCUGCGACCACCCUUAUCUAGUAGAUAAAACGUUGCAUUUAUUACUUACCAAGGGACACCCAGUAACUGAUAUCCUAGAUAUUGGAGUGAGUGCAAGUGGCAAGCUACUGCUUCUUGACAAAAUGCUCCAAGAAAUCUGGAAAAAAGGGCAGAGAGUUCUUAUCCUUUCCCAGUCUUGUGGUGGGGCUGGCAAUCCAAUGGGUGACAUUUUGGAUGACUUUGUCAAUCAAAGAUUUGGUUUUGAGUCAUAUGAGCGCGUGGAGCGUGAUCUCAAUGUACGAAAGAAACAGGGUGCAAUGAGUAUGUUCAAUGACACGACUAAGGGCCGUGAUUGGAAUCCCACAAAUGACUUGAGAGUCCUCCAGAAGAUCAGCAUAGAGUCACAAUCCGAGUGCGUGCCCAUUUUUCGUUUGUAUUCGUCUUGUACAGUGGAGGAAAAGGCUCUUAUACUUGCAAAGCAUGGUCAUAUUCUUGAUAGCACUGUCCAGAAUAUAAGGCCUAUCCUGAGCCAUUCUCUGCUUAGUUGGGGUGCAUCAUUUCUCUUCAGUAGACUCGAAGGGCUAAAAAACUAUGCAUGUCUACGCAAGGAUUCUGAUGCUGAGAAACUGUUCAUGGAUAAAGUACUUUUGGACUUAAAGAAGUUAUCCACUAAAGAUGAUCCCAGCACUAAGAUGAGCAAUGCAGCCAUAUCACAAGCUCAUCUGAGUGGACCUUUUUAUUCUAGAGAUAGUCUUGUUGUAGGUGAGAGGGAGGGGAUCUCUGCACCUGAUAGUGAUCUGCCAAAGUUCUGGGUAAAUUUGCUAGAUCAGAAGUCUCCUCGUUGGCAGUAUAUAACUGAGCAGGCACAAAGAAGCUGUAGAAAGAUACAAAACAUGGAAGAAGGGAACGUUCCUGCCGAUGAGGCUGAUGAAGGCAGUACCAAACGUAGAAAAAUUGCUGGAAUCUUGGAUUCAUCUGCAAAUGUUUUAGCUGGCGAAGACCAGGACUCAAUAUUGCCUGAAACUAAUACGGCAUGUAGUUCUCGUCGAAAAAUUGCUGGAAUCUUGGAUUCAUCUGCAAAUGUUUUAGCUGGCGAAGACAAGGACUCAAUAUUGCCUGAAACUAAUGUGACAUCUAGUUCUCAUCAAAUAUCAGUUGAUGACACAUGGCAGGAACAAGGGGUGGAAAAUCUUCAAGACACACAAAAAAGUCUUCACAUCCAGUUGAAGCCUGAGAUCUCAAAGCUAUAUGAAUUGUUUGAACUACCGACUUUUGGGGGAUGGUCCCAGAUGGCGUGCUCGUUCUCUGUCCAUCUCCUGUGCUGCUGCCCAUGCCACCUCGAAGUUGGCCCAGAAGGCAUGCUCCCUCUCUGCCGCGGCCUCCUCAACGCCUAUGUCGGAGGCGGUGGCCUGGUGGGCAUCCCAAGCUGCCCUAACAGUGAGGGACCGGCGGGAAACCGGCCGUGGCAGCUUUUCCCGGUGAUCCCAUUCCUCUGCAAUGAGGGCAGCCUCCUGCGCAUCCUCCUUGUCCAGCUGCUGUGCCUCCUCCGUGAGUGGCAGCCAGUCUGGCCUUGGGCGAAGCGGUUUGGUGAGGAUGAGGAGGGAAGUGGAGCUGGGAGUGUUAAAUGUUUAUGUGAAGAACUUCUUGAGUAUACUUUGAAGAAUCACCAAGUCAGUAAGGUGCCAAAGGACAUACUGCAUGCAUUCAACAUUGCACUGUGCUGGCGUGCUGCUUCUCUCUCAAGGCAUAAAGUCGAUCAUAGAGAAUCACUGGCCCUUGCUGUAGAACAUUUGAAGUAUGAGUGCAGUGAAACUCUUGCGGAGAAGGUUUAUAAGAAGCUAAGGAUCCUAAAGAAGGAGUUCUCACAUAGAGUAGGCAGAACAAGCAAGAGUAAUCAAUCAAUUUCAGUAAAGAACAUAUCACCAUACCAGCAGGAGACCUCAACUAAAUAUGGAUGUGACAAAUCAAUCCCUAAGCAGGCAGGUGACAAAUCAAUCCCUAAGCAGGCAGCGUCUGUUGGUGGGAAUGAAUCACAUCAAGAGGAUUCACAUGACUUAGUGAUUGAGCCUAUUGUACCAGGAGAGAAGGAAGUGCUAUAUGUUCCAGAGAUUCAUGAAAAACAACAUUUAUCAAAGGAUGCACUUCUUAAUAGAAUCACAGAGAAAAGAAUUAAAUUAGUUGACAUGGUUUUCUCCUUGAGAGAAAAGAAUAUCCAUGAUAAACAAACAAAUGAGGUCGCAAUGUUUGACAUGCACAGGCACAAGGGAGUGGAGAAACUGAGAGAAGCAUGCAGAAUAGUUGUGGAACAUCUUCGUAGGUCUCAAGCUGCUCCAGAGGACAGAGGUAGUCAAAGAAAGCUAAUAGUUGAAUGGUUCACUAUGUUACUAUAUGCGUUUCUGAAGCACAUGAGGUACCAGCGUGAGAAGCUUGACUUGCAGCAAUCAAUGGUGUGGACCAAGGAGUUACAGUUGAAGGAAAAUUUCCUUCACGAAGCAAAAUUUGGCCAAUUAGAUCUUACUUUUGAUGAACAUAUUUAUUUACCAGAUUCAGGCUUUGCUAUUGAGGAAUUCAGCCAUUUUAGCUCCUGUGUUGAUACAGCAACUUUGGCAAACUGUCUGCAGUCUUUGCAUGAAACCUCAGCGAUGGAAGUUACAUUGGUUCGCAGUGUGAUUCCAUCUGAUGUUAUCAAUGCAGAAGCAGCGAGAAAUGGUUCUGCUGAAGUUCUUAUCCACAAUGGGGGAAUGCCAGCAUCAGAAGGUAUUGGUUUGACAGAGAACACGAUCAGCAAUAUUUUUGAUUGCAUCGACUCGCAAGGAGGGGCAUCUCUGGCUGUUCAACACCAAGUAAAUUCUAGUCCUGCAAUUGAUAAUUCUAUUAAUCAGGAAUCUUCAAGUGGUGACGAUAGAAGGACUGAACAUGUUGGGCGACAGAGUGGUGUGGGUUCGCAACCAUUACCCGGAGAGACUGACCAACAUUUAGGAGAUGCUGAAAUGGAAGUUAACACCGGCAAUGGGGACAUUACUCAGGCAGAUCCACCUUACCUAGAACCACAGAUUGUGGUUCCUGUGCCCAGCCAGGCUUCCUUGCAAAUGUCCAACGAAGUUGAAGCUGAGGCCAAUCUUUUACUGCAGUCAGGCCAACCAAUUGCAGCUCCAGCACAACUUCUGCAAAGAGAGGCAGAACAAGUAGACCGUUCUGGUAUGAUACCAGCUCAGACUUUGCAACCUGAAAUGCAACCAUCAGCAUCCAGGGAAGCUUAUAUGCAGUCAGAUCUGAUAAUUCAAUCUGCACAACCAAGUAUGGUGCCAACUGAGCUUUCACAGAGAAAUGUAGAACAAGCAAGCCUUUAUCGUGUACCAUCAUCUCAGUGUUUGCCAUCUGGAAUGCACCCAUGGGUUCCACUGUCCAGUAUUCUGCUUGAAAGAACACACUCUGAUCAGUGUCAACCAAGUCAUCAACCCGAGGCUGCACUUGGUUCUUCAGCAAAAAUGGUGGCAUCAAUGGUGUUUAAUCAUCCACCAGUUGGUGAUGAACCACUGAAAAAUGAGUUGCACAGAUUGCGGUCAUACAUUGACUCGCUUAAUAAAACCAACGAACUAAAGAAAUCACAACUUAGGACUGAGUGUAGCCAAGAAAUAGACAAGGUCAAACAAAAGUAUGAUUUGUUACUUCAAGAACAGGAUUCCACUCAUCUUCAGCAAACAAGGACACUUGAUAAUUUAUGUGAGAAAGUUCUCCUCAACCAGUCAAUAGCUGACUAUUUUCGGGCUAAAUUCAUAUCUUCUUCUGGAGCACAAGCUAGAGCCCACAGCCCUCCAAAUCACCAGACACCCCAGGCCUCUCAGCAAGUUCCCCCGAGGCCUUCAGCGGUGGCAUCGACUGCAUCACCAGCUGCGUCGUCAUCAGCUGGUCGACCACUAGUGUUGACACAUCAUAUCCAACCAUUACAGGUCGACCGACCAUCACCAUCAUCGCCAGCUGAUCCACCACCACAUGUCCAACCAUUAAAGGUCGAUCGACCAUCACCAUCAUCACCAGCUGGUCCACCACCACAUGUCCAACCAUUAAAGGUCGAUCGACUAUCACCAUCAUCAUCGCCAUCUUCACAAGUUGUCAGACCUCGCCCCUCCAUACUAAACAACAUUGUCAGAUCACCGUCAACUACUUUUAGUCUCGCGCCAGUUCUGCCACGGGGAAGCUUUGGAGUCCAGAGUGAUCUAGCACGUGCACGUGCACCUGCUCCUCAUCUUCGGCGCAGGUUGCCUCCACAGGUGCAUUCGAUGGCAUCCGCAAAUCAGCAGCAGCUUCCAACUAAGCUGGAGAGCAUGUCUGCAAGGACACGGGCUACCCCUGUGACUCCAGUAAAUAUAAGACAAUCAUGCCCACAGGCAGUUCCCCCAGGGAACCCAUCACUGUCAAGUUUGCACCCAAGUUUAUACCCCACUUUAGCCGCACUCUUGGGGCCAUCAAGUUCACAUCAAAUUCAGCAGGUUCCACUACUGCCAUCAAGUUCACACCCAACACGCUUGUCGUCACCAGUACCUUCAACUCCAAAUCCAGUUCUGCCACUAACAUCACCGCGAGGUUUGACUAUGACAUCUAGCGUUUCCUCAGCUGCGUCGAAUGUGUUGCCAAGUAGGGGUGUUGGGCCUUCCGCAUCAGGCACGCUGCAGUCAGAUCCUGAUCCAGCACGCUGGAUGAAUGGCUAA